CAAGAAAAAGAAAAAGGAAAAGAAAAGAAAGGGAAAUGUGACAACCGUGAAAAGGGGACAUGGGCUAGAAGAAAGUAGACCGCCACAUACACAUGGACCCUAUGUCAUCCGCUAACAUCCGGCCGCCGGCGUCGGCGAAGCGUCACCGCCGUGCCUCCCUAACCUCCAUUGACGCUCUCGGAGACGACGCUCUCUGCGUGAUUUUUGCUUUUCUCAACCUCGUCCACCUAAUUCGCUGCUCUGCCGUCUGCAAGUCAUGGAGGACAGUGAUUAGUAAACUGAAGCUGCUGCAAAUACAGUAUCACAAGCUACAGCAGGCUGAUUCUGCUAGCGUCUCUGAUUUGUCUAAUUAUUCAGAAAAAUUAAUAAAUAUACAGAUGGAGCAGCUAGCCAUGGAUCAACAAAGAUCGUCUUUACAAGAAGGUCCUGUUCGUGUUUUUCAGUGGAAAGCUCACUCGGUAGGGUUUAACAAAUGCAGAAUGAAAAGGGGAUUGAUUCUCACUGGUGUUGGAGAUAAGGUCAUGCGUCUCUGGUCUGCAGAGAGCUGUAAGGGGUUGGAUGAAUAUCAGCUUCCUGAUAGAGCACCGCUAAUUGAUUUUGACUUUGAUGAGGGGAAGGUUGUUGGUCUUGUGGGAACACGUAUAUGCAUAUGGAGGCGUUUUGGAACUAGGGAUCUGUUUUCCUCACGUGAAGGCUUGUUUACCAGGGGACUGUGUAUGUGUUAUGUAGAUCCACAGGCAGUGGUUGGUUGUGAGGAUGGGAAAGUGCGUGUCUUUGACAUGUAUAGCAAAAAGAUUUCACAAAUAAUCAAGAUGCAUCCUGGGGCAGUAUCUAGUUUAUGUUUUAGCGAUGAGCAACUUAUUGUCAGUGGUUCUUCUCUUGGUAGUAUCUCAAUAUCAGAUCUUUCAUCAGAUCAGAGGGUGGUUUCCUUUGAUGCAACUAGUUCUGCAGGCAUAAAGACUUUGUGUUUGAGCCCAAGCUCAUAUUCACUAUUUUGUGGAUCAAGUACGGGCUAUGCAUCUUGUUGGGACCUAAGAACAAUGAGAAGAAGAUGGGAAACACGAGUGAGUCCAAAUGUUCUUUACUCUAUGCAUCAUCUGCGGAGUGAUGCAUCAACAUUGGUUGUUGGUGGAAUAGACGGUGUGCUGAGAAUUGUCGAUCAGGGCAGUGGCAAUGUAUUGUCCAGAUGCAUCAUGGAGAAUAGCUCCAUAUCAAGCCGUUCAACAGACAAGAACAAAGUCAUUGAGAAAAAGAAAGCAAUAAGACUUACUGAAGAUGAUCGCAUCGAUCUCUUGCCAAAUCGUCCUCCUAUAACAUGCUUGGCUGUUGGAAUGCAGAAAGUUGUCACUGCACAAAGUGACAAAUGCAUAAGAGUUUGGAAGUUCGGUAAUAAAUGACACUUGUCAGUUAUUAUUUCUGUAAGCAUGCCAAUCUUCCUUGUAUUAACCUGUAUCUGGAAUCACUGUAAGAAGUUUUUGUUUUUGCUUGAUGUUUUGGUAAGAUAUGAAAUCUGCUUUUGGUUUUGAA